GGGAGUUCGUGGUGCGCUUUUGGCCGAGAGAGUGAAGCUUAACUCCGGACACAAAUACACGGGGAGGGAAGAGGCGUGUGGCUCCGUUCCUUAUCAUAUCCCAGUUUAACUAGUACGUACGGUUAUAGUUAGUCGCAUUUCUCCCACUGAGACUCAAGCCGUUUUAAAGAAUAACACGCAUUCAAUCUCGUGUUGUCACCAUCUCGACAACAAACGUUAGCCAGUCACUUAAACAUCACCAAACAGACCUUUAAAGUUCACUAUCAGGCCUGAUACCGAGGAGCUGGUGGUACUUGGAGGCUGUUGACGGUUUUGUGGUGGUUUGAAAGUUUCCUGCAAGGAUUUCUGGAUUUGUUUUCUAAGUUUUGUUCGUGGAAGUCAGACGUUCGGGCCGCAAACAGUCUCCCGUGCGCGGAGAGCAGAAACAGUUCCCUGGUGGUCUGGAGAGCUCUGCGUUCGGAGCUAGAACCUGGACAUCUCAUGACUUCAGACCAGGAAGGAAAAACUAUCGUGGAGCCACAGGUGCAGCAGUCACAGGAAGCAAAGGAGAAAGAGAUAACCCUUUUGGAAUCCUCCAAGAUCUCAGACCUUAAUCCCAAUGCAAAGGCAUGGGCCAAUUACAUGCCUAAACCGGAGGCCUCUGCUCCAACCUGCCCAGAUUCUCAGCAGUCAUGGGUAGAAGCGGCCAAUGACCCUUCAAACUGCAUCUCACGAGGUUAUAACAACAGUGAAGGCAAAGGGAACUGGAAUGAGGAACAGCAGGUAUCUACAUCUAUAGAGCUGCCCUUUGCAGCACAGCCAGAAUCAGUGUACAUGGGAAGCUCAGCCAGUGAGAAGGGCAUUGUGUCAAACCAGGAUACCAGUAUGAAAGGGGUGGAUGAUUCAGACUCCUCCAUACAGCUUGAAGACCUUCGGGAACAGUUGAAGGCAACACUGGAAUUCUGCCUCUCUAGGGAGAAUCUAGCCAAUGACAUGUACCUCAUCUCGCAAAUGGACAGUGACCAGUAUGUGCCAAUAGUGACUUUGGCAAACCUUGAUCAAAUCAAGAAACUCACCACUGAUGUGGAUCUCAUUGCAGACAUCUUAAAAAAGCUGCCUCUUGUCCAAGUGGACAAAUGUGGAGAGAAAGUGCGGCCCAAUCAGAACCGCUGCAUUGUAAUUCUCCGAGAGGUUCCCGAGGCCACUCCUCUGGAGGAAGUUGAAGCGCUCUUUAAGAGCGAUAACUUGCCCAAAUUCAUCAAUUGUGAGUUUGCCUACAAUGACAACUGGUUCAUCACCUUUGAAUCUGAGGCAGAUGCUCAGCUGGCAUAUCAGUAUCUCAGAGAAGAGGUGAAAACUUUUCAAGGGAAGCCAAUAAAGGCUAGAAUAAAGGCCAAGGCCAUUGCCGUCAAUACUUUUGUGCCAAAGAAUGGAUAUCGACCAGCGGAUGUGUCCUCAAAUGUCCAACAGCGCUACACCCCUUACUACAUCCCACCUAUGUAUGGAGCACAGCAACAGUUUCCUCUUUACAGACUGGUGACGCCUCAGGGCUGGUCCGCUACACAGAGCUACCUGGACCCGACUCUGGUUACUCCAUUUUCCAGCCCUGCGUUUAUUAACGGCUUUGCUGGUUCUCCGACAUUUAAAUCAGCAACAUCUCCACUAACUGUCAGACAAUAUGUACCUCGAAUCAGGAACCACAACAAAACACACAUUCGACUCACAACAGAACGUGGAACCACUCUGCUGGAAAACCCUGCUGUUUUCUCUACUUUCCCUUCGGAGAGAGUCCCCAAUGGGACACGUCCUCCACAGGCUCAUUACCUGGGUAGCCGACCUCGACUACCGAGCGGCCCAGGCUAUCCGCGCCGGGACCAGGUUGGAAAUGGACGAAUGGAAGUAAACGGGGCCGAUUACUCUCUGAACGCAGGCCGUGGAAGAAGGGGCGGCUAUGGAUGCAGGAAAAGGAGAGAUGACAACAAGUUUCCAAGAGCAGCAACACAGUCACCUCCUCCUGUUCAAGAGCGCAAUCCGUCCCCCAGCUUUGAGCUGGGCCUGUCCAGCUUCCCUCCUCUACCUGGAGCCGCAGGAAAUCUAAAGCCUGAAGUAAAAACUGAAAACAGCCUUGACAACCGACUGUCUGACGUUGUCACCGGAGCAGUUAAAGACAAGCCUCUAAAUAAGGAUGUGGUCACCAGCCGUGUGAUCUCAGGGACCCCCAAAGAAUCUGUGCAGGCUGCUCCUGCUCCUGCUGCUCAGACCCCAGUGGACCACCAACACUCACCCUCUCCAGCUCUUACAAACCUGACAACUGUAGAAAAACCUAAAGAGACACAGACACCUGCAGAGAAAUGCUCAGAGACACAAGCUGCUAAAACCGCACCACUGAGCAAUCCAAUAACG